GAGCCUCUGCCUGGCUGCCCAGUCCACCCCGGGGCCGGGCCCAGUCAGUUCCCACAGCCAGGGAUGUGGCCCCACCCUUUGGUAUGGUUCCCAUUAGGUCAACUCCCAGGCUAGAAGUCUGGCUUUCCUCUCUUUCUCCACAGCUAAGAAUUCCCUGCCUCUGCCACUUUCCUGGUCCGUCGGCCCCACCCUGCUGCACUGCUGGUGGGCUCUCAGGGACCCUGGUGCGGGGAGGGGGAGAGAUUUGGGGAAGGCCUCCUUCCAGGCUCAGAGUGGGAGGGAUGUGCAAACUCAGCGGGUGGCCCAGCGGGAGCUGGGUUUGGAGGCACAAGGAGAGAACAGAACCGGCCUCCAAGGCUGCAAAACGCUUUGUCUGUUCCAUACGGGGCUGGGAUCGGACUCCUGGUGGUACUACAUCUCUACGCCGUCGCCAGGGGCCAGGACUAAGGCGGGGUCGGAAAGACCGGAGGGAAAAAGGGCUGACCCCCAGGGAAGUGGGGUGUGAGGCAUCUCUCAGGUCGCUUCCCGGGUCUGCCAUUCUGCAGCUUCUGGAAGCCUGGCAGGCAUCAGGGUCACCCACAGGGGGCCUCCCCGCCUCUUGGCCGAGGUGGCUCCUACACACCCAGCAGCCCACUCCAGUGCUGGUGGCCUUGGCGUCCUCCUCGGUUUUCAUUGGGGUUUGGCGGGAGCUCUCGGGCCCGCCCAGCCCCGCUUGGGCCCCCUCUUCCCUAACCCACUCAGGCCGUCUGGAAACGAGCUGGCUUUCCCCGCUCCGAAUCUCUUGGCAAAGCCUGGCGCUGCCCCGGGAGGGCCGGGCUCAGAAGCCGCCAUCGGGAGCGGGGCUCGGGCAGGGGGCGGCCCCGGCGGGGCGCAGGGAAGCACCCGGGCGGGCGGGAGAGCGAGGGAGAGCCGGGCGGGCGGCAGGGCACACACAGAGGGUCCCGCGGGGGCCGCAAGCUGCUCCGGCUCCCGCCUCGGCGAGUCAGCCACGAGCCGCCAGGUGAACCGCGCCCCGCCGCCGCUCUGAGAGCGAAAGUGAAGCCCUGGCGCCGAACCCGGAUGUAGUCGGCGGGCGCCCGCGACCCUGCCAGCUUCCAAGAGGGCCGCCCCGUGGCGCCAAUGGGCGGGAAGCCCGCGAGGCGGCGCGCAGGAAGCACUUCCGCCCGUUCUCCUUCCCGCAGUCCGCGGCGGGGCAAGAUGGCGGCGCUCAGGGCUCUGCGCAGCCUCCGCGGCGUCGCGGCCCAGGCGCUGCGGUCCGGGGUCGGGGGCCGGCUGCCCGUUCAGCCCAGCAGAGGUUCUCGGCAAUGGCAGCCAGAUAUGGAAUGGGCAGAGCAGUUUGGGGGAGCGGUCAUGUACCCCACCAAGGAAACGGCCCACUGGAAGCCUCCGCCUUGGAAUGAUGUGGACCCUCCAAAGGACACAAUGGUGACGAACCUGACCCUGAACUUUGGGCCCCAGCACCCAGCAGCCCAUGGAGUCCUGCGACUAGUGAUGGAGUUGAGUGGGGAGAUGGUGCGCAAGUGUGACCCCCACAUCGGGCUGCUGCACCGAGGAACCGAGAAGCUCAUUGAAUACAAGACCUAUCUGCAGGCUCUUCCGUACUUUGACCGGCUAGACUAUGUGUCCAUGAUGUGUAAUGAGCAGGCCUACUCACUGGCUGUGGAGAAGUUGCUCAAUAUCCAGCCUCCGCCCCGGGCACAGUGGAUCCGAGUGCUGUUUGGAGAAAUCACACGGCUUUUGAACCACAUUAUGGCUGUGACCACACAUGCCCUGGACAUUGGGGCUAUGACCCCUUUCUUCUGGAUGUUUGAAGAGAGGGAGAAGAUGUUUGAAUUCUACGAGCGCGUGUCUGGGGCUCGGAUGCACGCUGCCUACGUCCGGCCAGGAGGUGUGCACCAGGACCUACCCCUUGGGCUUAUGGAUGACAUUUAUGAGUUUUCUAAGAACUUCUCACUUCGGAUUGAUGAGUUGGAAGAGAUGCUGACCAACAACAGGAUCUGGCGAAAUCGGACAGUCGACAUUGGGGUCGUAACAGCCGAAGACGCACUUAACUAUGGAUUUAGUGGCGUGAUGCUGCGGGGCUCAGGCAUCCAGUGGGACCUGCGGAAGACCCAGCCCUAUGAUGUUUACGACCAGGUGGACUUUGAUGUUCCUAUAGGCUCUCGAGGGGACUGCUACGACAGGUACCUGUGUCGGGUAGAGGAGAUGCGCCAGUCCCUUCGAAUCAUCUUGCAGUGUCUCAACAAGAUGCCUCCUGGGGAGAUCAAGGUCGAUGAUGCCAAAGUGUCUCCGCCUAAGCGAGCAGAGAUGAAGACUUCCAUGGAAUCACUGAUCCACCACUUUAAGUUGUAUACAGAGGGCUACCAGGUUCCCCCGGGGGCCACGUACACCGCCAUCGAGGCUCCUAAGGGAGAGUUCGGGGUGUACCUGGUGUCCGAUGGCAGUAGCCGCCCUUACCGAUGCAAGAUCAAGGCUCCUGGUUUCGCCCACCUGGCCGGUUUGGACAAGAUGUCAAAGGGACACAUGCUGGCGGACGUUGUUGCCAUCAUAGGUACCCAAGAUAUUGUGUUCGGAGAAGUGGAUCGGUGAGCAGGGGAACAGCGUUUGAUCUCCCUGCCGGUCUGCAUCCUCCUCGGAGCCUGGCCGUCUCUGGAAAGGGACUCUGUGUGUGUGUGUGUGUGUGUGUGUGUGUACACGUGCAUGAACAUUUAGCUGUCAGGCUUUCCGUGCAUGUACCAGAAAAGGAGAAAUUAUAAUAAAUAAGCCGCCUUCCGGCCCCUGUGCCCAAA